CCUACAGUACAAGACGAGCACGGUGCAGCGUAGCGCAGAGCGGAGUAAACACUGCAAAUUUUGGGGCUUAGGAUAGAAAAGGCAGCGGGGUAUAGCGAGCAAACAUACACCGCUGAAUCUCACAGAUUGUUUGCAGUGUCUGAAGAAUGUUCAGUACUCAAACUUGAAUAACUCUUACCGGAAAAUGAGUCACUGGGUCAGAAAGUUAUUUCCUAUUUUAGAAACAUUGGGAAACACAAACGAAAAGAGAGAGAACAGAACAUCUCCGCAUUAUCGCCGUACUUGAAACUUUACAUGUUGGCUAUGUGACUGUCAAAUGACUUCUUCAGAAAAGGGAUCUCACAAUGGCAACAAUACACACAUUAUCUCUGAUCCUCCUUGGAUUAUGCGUCAGCACUCAAAUUGUGAAAUGCACCUCAGUGUGUUCGGUUGGUGCUUCUGUCGCCCUCUGCAUCGAUAAAGGUCUUCAAGAUGUGCCAGAGCUUCCUCCAUAUGUAAAUAAAGUGGAUUUGAGUAAGAACAAUAUUGCUGAACUCAAUGAAACAUCCUUUUCUCAUCUGGAAGGUCUACAGGUCCUUAUACUCAUGCACCAAACAACAAGACUUGUGAUCAGAAACAACACAUUCAGAAGACUCUCUAACUUAACAUCACUUCAGCUUGACUACAACAACUUCCUGCGAAUGGAUACAGGAGCGUUUAACGGAUUAUCCAACCUUAAAAAUCUCACUCUUACUCAGUGCAGUUUAGAGGAUACCAUUUUGUCUGGUGACUUCCUCAAACCUCUGGUGUCUCUUGAGAUGCUUGUCUUACGUGAAAACAACAUUAAAAGAAUCCAGCCAGCAUUGUUCUUUUUAAAUAUGAGGAGAUUCCAUGUGCUCGAUCUCUCUCGCAACAAAGUGAAGAGCAUCUGUGAAGAAGACCUCCUCAGCUUUCAGGGUAAACAUUUCACGCUUCUGAAGCUGUCCUCAGUGACACUGCAAGACAUGAAUGAGUACUGGUUAGGAUGGGAAAAGUGUGGAAACCCAUUUAAGAACAUGUCCGUAAGUGUAUUGGACUUAUCUGGAAAUGGCUUUAAUGAUAACAAUGCAAAGCUUUUCUUUGAUGCAAUCACUGGUACCAAAAUACAAAGUCUCAUUCUCAGUAACAGUCACAGCAUGGGCAGUUCUUCUGGUAAUAAUUCAAAAGAUCCAAACAAAUUCACAUUUAAGGGUCUUGAGGCGAGUGGUAUUAAGAUUUUCGAUCUCUCCAAUUCAAGCAUUUUUGCUCUGUCAUAUUCAGUAUUUAGUUGUUUGUCAGAUCUAGAACAAAUUACAUUAGCAGAAAGUCGGAUCAACAAGAUUGAAAAAAGUGCAUUUUUGGGUAUGGCAAAUUUGCUGAAGCUAAACCUGUCCAAAAACUUCCUUGGUAAUAUUGAUUCUAAUACAUUUCAGAAUCUAGAGAAGCUUGAGGUGCUUGAUUUGUCUUAUAAUCAUAUAUGGAUGCUUGGAUAUGAAUCAUUUCGAGGGCUUCCAAAUCUACUCAACCUAAAUUUAACAGGAAAUGCUCUCAAACAUUUACAUGCAUUCGCAACCUUACCAAGACUGGAGAAGCUCUACUUGGGUGACAACAAAAUUUUAUCUGUCUUUUAUUUAAUCAAAAUUUCCAAAUAUCUUACAACCCUUUACCUGGAACAUAACAUACUUUCUUCCUUGUCAGAUCUCUUCACAAUACUAGAGGAAUUUCCUCAAAUUGAGGAAAUUGUUUUUCGAGGUAAUGAGCUUCUUUAUUGCCCUAAUGAAAGACACAAAGUGCUUUCACAAAAAGUACAAAUCCUUGAUCUUGCAUUUGCAGGUUUGGAAGUUAUCUGGUCAGAAGGAAAAUGUUUAAACGUGUUUAACAAUCUUCACCAGUUAGAACAGCUUUCUCUGAGUCACAACUUGCUACAGUCUCUUCCCAAAGACAUUUUUAAAGACCUUACCUCUUUGUACUUUUUGGAUUUGUCCUUCAACUCUUUGAAGUACCUUCCAAAUGGUAUAUUCCCUGAAAGUCUUCAAAUUCUUAAUCUUGAAUAUAAUUCUAUUUAUUCAGUAGAUCCAAAUCUCUUUAGCACCCUCAGCUACCUCAGCCUGAUAAAAAACGAUUUCCGUUGUGAUUGCAACCUAAGGGAUUUCAAAACAUGGCUAAACCAAACCAAUGUAUUCAUUUCUCACUCCAUUGAGGAUGUGAUAUGUGCCAGUCCUGAGGAUCAGUACAUGGUUCCGGUUGUGAGAUCCAGCAUACAAUGUGAGGAUGAAGAGGACGAGAGAAACGCUGAAAAACUGAGGCUUGUGCUUUUUAUUUUCUGUACCGCACUUAUCACGUUACUCACUGCUAGCGCCAUCAUUUAUGUCCGUCGACGUGGCUACAUCUUCAAGCUUUACAAAAAACUCAUUGGCAAACUUGUGGAUGGAAAGCGAGAGGAGCCUGAUCCUGACCAAUUCUUGUAUGAUGUGUUUCUUUGUUUUAGUUCCAAUGAUAUUAAGUGGGUAGAAAGAGCACUGCUGAACAGGCUAGACUCUCAGUUCUCAGAGCAGAACACACUCCGCUGCUGCUUUGAGGAGCGAGACUUCAUACCCGGGGAGGACAAUCUUACCAACAUGCGAAAUGCUAUCCAGAAUAGUCAUAAAACCCUUUGUGUGGUGUCUGAGCAUUUCCUGAAGGACGGCUGGUGCCUAGAAACCUUCACCCUGGCACAGUGCAGGAUGCUAGUGGAGCUAAAGGACAUUCUGGUGGUGCUGGUUGUAGGGAACAUACCGCAGUACAGGCUACUGAAGUACGAACAACUGAGAUCCUACAUUGAGAACAGAAGAUACCUUCUGUGGCCCGAUGACAGCCAGGACUUGGAGUGGUUUUAUGACCAACUUCUGCAUAAAAUUAGAAAAAACACCAAGGUUAAACAAACAAAUACUAAAGUCAAUGAGGGUGAAAAAAAUCUUGACGCAGCAAAUGUUCAAGCAGACACUGCAGUGUAACUAUAAAGGACUUUGUAUAAUUCCUUGCUUUGCUCCCAGGUUCUCAUCCAUCCUACUUUGUUGAAAUUCUCUCCAUUGGACAAUGACAUCAACAAAUAUUAAGCAUAUAAAGCUGGAAACCAUACUGUAUUGUAUAGUUAUAAAUGUUUAUUUUGUAUUAUCCAUAAUGUGUAUGUACUUCUCAGAGUCAGUUGGGGUAGUUAAAUGUCAGUGGAACGGUGACAUUUUUUAUCUAUUAUGUAAAUACUCCAUUUAUAUCACCUUUUUUCAUCAUAGUUUUCCAGGAUUUGGCAUAUAAAGUCUUAGAAUUCA